GUGUUUGGGAGCGGAACGAUAUCGCUCUGUUUGCGGCGUCACACCAAAACCUUAGGUCGUACGGUACUCGACAGCCUUUAUAGAGACACGCCAUUCUGAAGCUGCUGCGCGCACUCCACCCUAUAUUUUUAAGCGAGCGGUUGAGACUGGCGGCUCGUCCGCAACCAAACGCCACUGUACGAUAAUGGCCAAGGGCGAGAACGAUCCUCUCCCCGUAUACGAGCUGCACCCGCCGGAAUGGCUGCCCCCUGCGCAUGCCUCUGGUGACAUCGGGUAUAUCGGCUUCUACCCACCUCGGCCGAACGAUGUCGAGGAAACGCUCACCGAGGCGAGCGUCAAGCAUGGGCUCGUCCUCAAGCCCGAGGUGUUGGCGGAACACUACAGCCAGCAACAUGAGAUCCGGAAGCGUCUCAUGCAGGACGACGCGCUGAGCGUAUUGGAAGAUGUUAUGAAUCAGAUCUUUGCGCGAAAGGCCGAAAGCACACCGUCGAUCCCAUCGUCGUCGUUCCGCCUCCCCUCUCGUGUGACCCUCAACGACGGGAAGAGGCUGGCGUGGUUCGCCGAUCUUGCCAACCCUGACAUUCCUCUAUCCAAGCUGGGGAAGAACGUUCCCCACGGGGCCAAGGGCCAUGAUCUGCUCGACCUGCUCCAUACCAACAAUGUAGCCAUCCCACGGGCUGUAUGGUUUCUCCGAGUAUUCGGCGCUAAUGAGUCGGCAGGUUUGCGUAACAGGCCGUCAUACAACCCCACACAGUACAGUGUGGAAUGGGCUAACGUCAUGACGAGUUAUAUGAAGAAGCAGCUGGCAGAUAUCGCACUGCCCAGCGCCCCGCGACUCGUUGCAUCGAUCAAGCAAACCUUCAAGGGCGUUCUCUCAGACAGCGACAUGCGCCAGAAAUGGAUCUCGCGCUUCAGUUACUGCUUGAGCUUGUUGCGCACGUUCUACGCCGAGGGUUUGGUAGACAACAGAACGUUCCUGGCAUGGCUCGUGCAACAGAUGAGCACAUGCAACCUAGCGCAGGCAGGCUUUGUGGUACGACUGGCGGACGAAUAUCUCGACGGUAUGCUGGUUAGCCGGGCGUUAGUGCGCCCCUUCAUUGAGGCUAGCUUAGUCAAAUUGGAAGAGAUGAAAGAACCCCCAGCCAAUGAAUUCCUCCCCGAUACCGCAAAUAUCCUGAAGAGCUUGAUCUCGCGGGCGUUUCUAGCUUUGCCCGAUGCCUGCAUAUGCCCGCGGAUGCACAUUCAAUAUGGAGCCAGGUUGCAAGAAGUCCUCAUGGAGAACUUUGGCGCGGACGGUGCCGAGAAUUCCCAAGUUUCCAUCCAGGUCCUUCGGCAGACGGUCAUGGACACGCUCUCUGAUGUCCAAAGACGGAAUGAAGCGAUGCUCUUCGAACAUCUUCCUCCCCGCGUCCUGGGAUCAUUGUCGUCAGCGUUGUCAGAUGUCAAGCUGCUUAACUCCAUCUCCGGCAAGACUGAUAUGUCGAGCGUCUCGCUGUUCGACGACAACUCGGAGUUCUCGCCUUCUUUCUCUCGGAAGCUCGACUUCCUCCUGACCUGGAGUGUAACUCCGUUACAGUAUGGAGACCACCGCCCGUACGCGGCAGCAUGUUUGCUUCAGAUCUGGCGAAACAAGGCCGAAGAACGUGCCCUCCGGCGAGAUGCUCCGUCGCCUGAUGGACAGAUCCAGGAUCUGCUGUUCGACUGGCUCGACGGCUCGGACGUCGCUGGGGAGUCUGGGAACCUUCCUGCGGUGGCGCUGCUGUUCGGCCAGCUCGUCAGGCGCGAGCUCUUCUCGUACGAGCAGUACAUGCAACGGCUCAUUGCUCGAGGGGAGUCAGGACUCUCUUUUGGCGAUGAGGAGGGAUCACGGCAUAGGCACUUCCUCAGAUGGAUACCGCUCAACAGCUCCGAUGCCUCGGUCAUUAGUCAACGCAAAGUCAUCCUGUACGGGUUCCGGGUACGGGAGACGCCUGAAGAUGCGAACGAGCGCGAGAUCAGAAAGGAGUUGCGCAUAUUGGUUCCCGAGGUCUUCGGAGGCGAGCCGCAAAACGACGAGCCAUUGACAACUACAUUCUGGAAGUCGUGCAGCGCUCUCCUGGCGGCACCGCGCUAUGAGCAGCUGAAAAUCAUGAAGCAAUGGUUCCUGCCUAUCUACAAGAGAUUCCUGACAAGUCAAGGAUUCGACGAUGACGGCCGAAUCUUGCACGUCUUUACUCUGUCCACAGUAAUCAUGGCUCGCGUGCGGUCAUAUGGCUCGAUAUUGAACAUGUCACUGUAUACCUUGGAGUAUGCGAAUAACAGCGCUCUCCUCACCGCAGUCAUCGAGACCCUUCGGCAGCACAUCGAGGUAUGGGCAUGCAUGGAUCGCAUGAAGGACGUCGCCUCUGCCUUGUGGACGGUUCAUCAAACAUGGCGAAGUCGUGGGUUGCAGAACCGUGUGCUGCUGAAACUCCUGGCCGAGGUCGACAACGAGCAGCAUCUCGACCCAGCUGCCCGAGAGCAGAUGCUUUCGGAUAUAUCCGCGUUCUCGCACGCUCUUUUCCCGAGCAACGAGAACCCCGACCAGGUUCCACAGGUGCUCCCGGAGAUAUUGCUCCUCGCGACGGACCCAAAUCCAGAGGCACCUUCGCUGCUCGCCAACAGCUUAUGGUACAAGUACAUGACGUCGUCGGACUGGGCGUACAAAGUGUGGGAUAACACCAUCGCGAGCUUGCGCCAGAUCCCGGUGAUGAUUGAAGAUGUCCCCGGGCGCCGGGCAUGCGCGUUGCGGUAUGCCACCUUCCUUCUCCACGUCGAUCAGCAUCUACCUCGGGGCCUCGACGAGCAAAUCCGGGCCUGGUUCCUCGCGCCGCUGGGGAGAAGCGAGGUCGCCGCGCUAACACCGGAUACCUGGGAUGUGGUCACCGUCGUCUUGCUCUACCUCAUCUGCUACGGCGCUCUCACGACCACGACGAUGCUCGAGAGCCUCAUCUACAACGAAUGGGAGGAAGGCGCGAGGGUUACGUCGGAGGAGAAGGCGCAAACGAGGGAGACGCUUCUGACGUGGAGCAACACCCUCUUCGAGCACCUUCUUCUCCGCGACGAGUGUGGGACGGGGCUGCCGCCUGUGGACGUCUUCGAGGCUCAAGGGCUGCAGACGCGCCGGCGGGACGUCUUCCGCGAGCCCUACUUCUCCAACUUGGUCGUCCGGUUCCCAGAUCUUGUCCUCAUCGAGCAGAAUCGCUACCUUCCGGAGGCGAUCCGCCAAGCCACCACCAACCUGCGCAGGACGAUAUGCAGAGUGAGCGUGUUCCGCCAGGGGAUCUACCGUGACCUGGACUCCGUCCGGCUAGCGUUUGAGGAGCGGCUCAAUCCCCAGAACGAUGAGCUGCAUGAGCCGCUCGUUAGCGCUUUACGCCUGAUGCUGAACGAUCCCGGCCAAGAUGGUCCUGUCAAUGCCGCCGAAUGGAGCUCCGCCUCCUCCCUCCUCAGUCCCUGGAAGCUUGCGGCGACCGCCAUCGAGAUAAGACUGACUAUCAAGCAGCUCGGCGAGGGCAUGUCUCGGGAGUCCACCCGCAUCGCGGCUUGCGCGAGUCUGGAUAAGCUCACUGGCGGGGUCUUUUACCACUGCAAGAGUCCUGAGGAAGCCGAUUUUGUCGCCGAGAUGAUCACGAACGUCGACCUGACUGUGGCCGGAAAGUUCGUCAAUGCGGGGCUCAAGCGCAUAGAUGACAUAUUCCGGGAGACGGACGGCGCCAACAAGAUCAACUCGAUGACGCUACUCGUGUCCUGUGCAGGAGAAAUCCUCCGUCUCAUCGCGAACAUAGUGGCCCCAUUCCGGCUGGAAGCGUCUAGGACAGAGAGGGCACCGGGGGAGGAGUUACGUUUCGAAAACUACCUGCCACCAAUAGACCCGGCGGUGCAAGAACACCUGUUCUUCGUGCUGUGCGCGAAGUUCGCCGAAAUGACCGGCAUUAUGGCAGCACUUGUGCAGGAACCAUGGAGCGAGGACAUCUCGCGGGGCUCGCAGGCGGUCAUCUUCCUUGCGCGGUUGUUGCAGUUCUACCUUGGCUUCCCGGCAGCCUGGUCCGACGAGUCGAAGGAGCUCGCGGAGGAGCUGUGUGCCAACCUGACUAGACUGGCCUUGAUUCACGGCGCAGGCGAAGGAUUGAAUAUGCUCGCCUUCCCUUUGAUUAUGGAUACUCUCUGUUAUACCCUGGAUUCGAUACCCUCAGACAUGAGGGCAACCGCGCCUUUUGACCCAUUCCGAUACUACCCCGAAUUCAACCUCUCCGACCUCCCUUCCGACAUGCCGCCCGAGUACAAAGCGCGCCUGCGCCUCAUGCUCCCGUACGUCGCACUCAACCCUACAGUCGAGGACCUCGUCUAUGCCACGCGCGACCCCACCGGCGCGCUCGUCCCCGCCGGCCCCGUGCAGAACCGCCCCUGGGAGUGGACAGAGUACCUCGGGGACGUACCUGGGGCCCCGGCGGAAGAUCGCGCUGGGGCAGUGAAGAACUCCGCCGCGCUCGCGCUCGAGCUGUUCGAGGCGCGCCUCACGGGCGACCGCGUCAUCCCCGCGCACGCGCGCGAGGACGGCCUGAUGGAGGAGAACCUGCACACGAUGCAGGACGACGUGUACGCGGAGGGCGCGUUCGCGCGCGACUGGCGCGAGACGCGCAUCUCGCUCGACGACGUGCCCGCGUCGGCGUCUGCGGGCCGCGCGCGCCAUGAGCAGGACGACGGCGUCCCGCCGCUGCCUGCGCUGGGCGGGACGCCCGGGGCGGCGGCGGACCACCGCGUGCUGCCGCGCAAGCCGUCGCCGGCGUCGUCGGUGCGGUCUGUGGGGUCGGCGCAUGCGCUCAGCCGGUUGUCGGUGUCGACCGCGGGGGAGGUGAUCGACGUGGAUGCGUUGGAUGGCGGUACGUCCGGGUCGGGCUCGACGCAUAAGCGCAAGGCGAUGAGCAGCAUCACGGAGGAGGAUGACGACGAGAUAGAGUUCGUUGAAGGCCCGGUCCCGGCGCGCCCUGCGAAGCGCACCGCGAAGUCGAAGAUGGCGGGUAAGACGACUAAGGGCAAGAAGAGAUAAGCGACGGACGCUAUGACCAUGUAAUGCUCACCUAACUUAUCGACUG